AAACCAUGACGUUAUUUUCUCCUUAUCUGUCAAUAUUUUUCCUAUUAACACUCGAGUUUUCACCCAUAUUCUGUAUGUUUCGACCCAGAAGCUCCGGAGGCAAUUGUUUGGAUGUUCAGGCGCAUUUUUAUGUGUCGGAGGAGUAUGAUGGGUACACGAAUGACGUGGAAAAUGCUUAUUAUUGGAGACUUCCGGGUUCCCGAAAUCGAGGAAAUGGACCUUGUGUAGACCUGACCACCUACUACUCUGUGGAAGAAGAUUACGACGGAAAAUCUGACGAUGACGGAAGUAAGUACUGGAUGGUGGAGGAUUUGGAGCAGACCUUGAAGCUCCGAUCUGAUGCUCAGGAAGAUCAGAAAAUGAAGCUCCAAGUUGAGAAAAGCUCACGAAGCUCUAAGGAUCAGAGCCUAGACUUAGGUGAUUCAAAAACUGGAAUUGCUCUGGUUGGUGUCAAGCUACAAGCUGAUGGCUCCCAAGGCUCGAAAGAUCAAAAUCUGGUUGGAAAGAUCCAGAAGGACCAGGCCAGCCAGAAGGACCAGAAGUUGAACCUUCAGGCAAAUGAGAGCUCCCGAAACUCUAAAGAUCAGAGCUCAGACUCAAGCGGUUCAAAAUCUGGAAACGCUAAGGUGAUUAUGGAACUCCAAGCCGAUGGCACAUAUCGCUUGAAGGAUCAGAAGCUGACGGCGAAAAUCCAGAAAGAUCAGAACUCGGACUCAAAAACUAUAGAAGAUAUCUUUAACCGGGAGUUCGAAGCUGAUGGCUUAAAAGAUCAGAACUCUAAAUCGAAAGAUUCGAACACCGAUGAAGCUUCGCUCAACGUGAAGCUCCAGGGCUCGCAGGCUUCUAAAGAUCAGAAAGCCAGCUCAGGGGCCUUCAAAUCCCUACUCUCCCAAUCUUCAGAUCUCACAGCUUCCAGCUCCAACCUAACAGCUCAGCUGACUUCCACCAACCUCGGAGGCUCCGGCUCGGAGCUGAGCCAGAAGCUCAACGAUUUGAAAUCCAACUCAGACUCCUCGGAUCAAGUUCACCUCGCAAGCCACCAACACACUAGGAAUGAGCUCAGCCAGAAGACUGAUCUUUCUGUGACCACUGACGAGAAGAACCAGAAAACUGGAUUCAGCCAGAACCACUUGAUCAACUCAUCCUUAGCGGUUUCCGAGCUUAACAAUAAUGGGAAGUUGAGUGGAACUGAGGUUCAGGAGACAGUCGAGAUAAAUCAGAGGAAGGAUCUUGGGAAUCUGAGGGAUCAGAGCUCCAAGAACCUAAAGCUAGAAGGCUCCGAAGCUCUGAGAAGCUCUGUGGAUCUUAAGAAGAGAUCUCUGGAGGAUCAGAAGCUAAGCUCCAAGGAUCUUAAAACUGGAGUGGCCGGAGCUCAAUCUUCAUCCAGCUCGGACCGAAAGGAUCAGAGCUCGAGCUCCACUGACUUGAACACCGAUGCAUCCCAGCUAGAGCUAAAUCAGAACCAGAAGCGCGUCCUGAUCGGCUCCGACGUUCCACUUACCGGCGAAGCUUGCUCGAAAAAGGAGCAAGGGAACUGUGAAGCUGGCUGGAAGAGCUUCCUGAGACCAUCUGGGGAAUGGUGUAUGAAGAUUUUCUACGAGAACUCGAUUACCCAACCAUCGGCAGAAAAUCGUUGUCAGGCUCAAGGAGCUACACUUUCUGGGCUUCAGAACCAAAUUGAAUCAUUCUAUAUUACAUACACUGUAUCAUCCCACAUCUACCCAGAGUCUGGAAGCAUCUGGAUUGGCUUAAAACGUCGCGAAGAGUGCAAAAACGUAGGCCGAACUCAGAAUUGCACAUCGGAUAACUCUUUCGAGUGGACCGACAAAUCUACGACCGGCCUCGACGGAAUCGAUUGGGACGGUGGUCAGCCUGAUAAUGCUAGAAGAUACUCUCAACAAUGUGCCACGUUGACUGCUUCACACCAGCGGUCCGUUAUAGGAUACCAUGUCGGGCGAUUGGAUGAUGUUGGCUGCGAAUUCGACUACAUCAAAACUAACAGAAAACAAAGAGACAUCAAGGCGUUCGUUUGUGGAAAGAAAGCUUAAGUGUAAAAAUGUUAAUUUUGAAAUAAAUAAUUUAUAAUUACGUUG